GGUACAGGCAUGUGGGCCAAUGGUGAGGCAGAUGGGAGGCCAUGCCCUUUGUGCUUCCCCAAUGGGAAGCUGUUUUGCUCUCCCUCUGUCUCUGGAGGCAGCAGACCAAGCAGUCCAAGGAAAACAAGCUUUGGUGCCAGAGCCGACUGUGGGUUCCAAGGCCGCCAUUGCAGAGACAGGGUCCAGUCGUCUGUAGCAAGACAGCGCUUCAUGCUUCACCGGAUGACCAUUUCCUCACCUUCCUGGAAGGAUUCUGGAAGCUGCUGACCCCAGUGAGGCGCACAUACCUCCCUGCCCAUGCUGCAGGAGCACAGAGGGGACCUGCUGCCCUCAUCCGCCCGGAACAUGGACACGAUCCGGGUGGCGGUGGUCGGCGCUGGCCUGGCAGGGCUCUCCACGGCCGUGUGCCUUCUGGCGUUGCGGCCCCGCUGCUCCGUCACUGUCCUCUCCGACAAGCGCAGCCCCGACACCACCAGCGACGUGGCUGCUGGUGUGCUCAUCCCCCAUGUCUUUCCAGAAACUCCCAUCCACAAGCAAAAGCAGUGGUUCCGGGAGACCUUCGAGCACCUGUCAGCCGUCGCUAGCUCUGCAGAAGCGGCAGACGCUGGCGUCCACCUGGUAUCUGGUUGGCAGAUAUUUCGGAGCAUCCCCGUGGAGGAAGUGCCCUUCUGGGCCGAUGUGGUCCUGGGAUUUCGAAGGAUGACUGUGGCUGAGCUGAAGAAAUUCCCCCAGCAUGUGUUUGGCCAGGCGUUCACCACCCUGAAGUGCGAAGGCUCUGCCUACCUCCCGUGGCUGGAGACAAGGCUGAAAGAUGGCGGGGGUGUGAUCCUCACUCGCCGGGUAGAAGACCUGUGGGAACUCCACCAGAACUUCGACAUCGUGGUCAACUGCUCGGGGCUUGGAAGCAGAGAACUUGCGGGGGACUCCACGGUUCUCCCCGUGAGGGGGCAGGUGCUGCAGGUGCAGGCUCCCUGGGUGAAGCAUUUUAUCCGAGACGGGAGUGGACUGACUUAUAUUUACCCUGGGGCCUUCCACGUCACCCUGGGUGGGACCAGGCAAGAGGGAGACUGGAGUCUGGCCCCGGAUGCCGACAUCAGCCAAGACAUUCUGUCCCGCUGUUGCGCUCUGGAGCCCUCACUCCGCAGAGCCUACAACCUAAAGGUGAAGGUGGGCCUGAGGCCCUACAGGCCAGGCCUGCGACUGCAGACAGAGCUCUUAUCGCGGGAUGGCAGGAGGCUGCCGGUGGUCCACCAUUAUGGCCACGGUGCAGGCGGUUUCUCGGUGCACUGGGGCACUGCUCUAGAGGCUGUCAGGCUGGUGAGCGAGUGUGUUCAAGCCCUCCCCUCUCCUGCCCGCAGCUCAAAACUGUAGAUGAGACAUGCAGUGCCCAACACAAGCGCAACACUGGCUGCAGUGACACUCCUAACGCAUGAAAGCUUCAUCAGACACUUGUUGAUUUUCAGAAUGAGAAAUGACGCCAACAGAUCCCGGUGGAUUUAGCAGGUCUACCACUAAUGACACAAAGCAAAAAGCUCGAUUUUUGUUGUUGCUAUUGUUGAAGGAUGUUUUUCAUAUAGGGCAUGUCCAAGGAUCGUGCUGAUUUACCGGACUACUGGAAGCUGGAGGGAUUGUGACGCAUGGGCUCACACAUAUG